UCUACUGUUUUCAAUAUAGAAUUACUUACAUAAUAAGCUUUAAAUCAGUAAGUAGCUUCAAACAAUAAAAAUGUCUUCGAUAAAAAUACCUGUAAUAAAUCUCGAAAUUGGAGAAGUAAAAACAAUUAUUUGGGAAAAGCUACAGGAACCACAAGCUCAAAGAAAGCUUAUUUUAGUUAUUGUUUGUAUCGCCCUCUUGCUUGAUAAUAUGUUAUAUAUGGUAAUUGUCCCGAUUAUUCCAAACUAUCUUCAGUACAUUGGUGCAUUUCCUGAUGAAAAAAUAUCAGAAAAUACAACUGGGUUACCAUCACAUCAUGGUCAAGAUUCAGCAACGGGUGUCUUCUUUGCUUCAAAAGCCAUUGUCCAGUUAAUGGUUAAUCCGUUUUCCGGAGCUUUAAUUGAUAGAAUUGGUUACGAUAUUCCAAUGAUGAUAGGACUCUCUAUUAUGUUUUUAGCAACAUUAGUUUUUGCAUGUGGUCGAAGUUAUGGUGUGCUAUUUUUUGCUAGAAGUUUACAAGGAGUUGGUUCUGCAUUUGCCGAUACAUCGGGACUUGCGAUGAUUGCAGAUCGUUUUACAGAGGAGAAUGAACGAUCCAAGGCACUUGGAAUCGCAUUGGCAUUUAUAAGCUUUGGAUGUCUUGUCGCACCUCCUUUUGGUGGAGCUUUGUAUCAAUUUGCUGGAAAAGAAAUGCCGUUUAUCAUCCUUGCAAUUGUUAGUUUAAUGGACAGUUUGAUGCUUUUACUUGUUAUGAAACCCGUUAAAGAGCAAUUAAAAGAAAGUCGCAGAGAAACUGGACCUACAAUUCCUAUUUGGAGGCUUUUCAUCGAUCCAUAUAUUGCGGUGUGUGCUGGCGCUCUUAUGAUGUCAAACGUUGCACUUGCUUUUCUAGAACCAACAAUCUCAUUGUGGAUGGAAGAUCAUAUAACUCGUGACUACUGGAAGAUAGGUAUAAUUUGGCUUCCUGCUUUUUUCCCACAUGUUUUUGGAGUCGCUAUUACUGUAAAAAUGGCAAAACAAUAUCCGCAACAUCAAUGGUUAAUGGCCGCUGGCGGACUAGCUUUAGAAGGACUUUGUUGUUUUAUCAUUCCUUUUUCAACUUCAUAUAAGUUUCUUAUGAUUCCACUUUGCGGAAUAUGCUUUGGUAUAGCUCUCAUUGACACAGCCUUACUUCCCACUUUAGGUUACUUAGUAGAUGUACGAUACGUGUCGGUUUAUGGUAGUAUCUAUGCUAUCGCUGACAUAAGUUAUAGUUUAGCUUAUGCAAUUGGUCCAAUUAUCGCCGGUGGCGUUGUUGAAGCUAUUGGAUUUACAGCUCUUAAUAUCGGAAUUGCUUUUAUAAAUCUUCUUUAUGCGCCAUUACUCAUGUACCUUAGGCAUAUUUAUGAUUUUAAACCAUUUCAAGAUGAAGCGAAUAUUCUUAUGCAAGAUCCACCAAGUAAGGAGUACCAAACUUAUAUUCUGCAGGAGCAAAGACCAGUUUCUGGUGACAUUGGAAAUCAUCUUACAUGCUCAACAAAUAUAGAAACUAAUAUAGAUCAACAUUCAGAUAGAAAUUAUCAAAAUUAUGAAGAUAAUUAUAGUUCUCAGAACCAUGGUCGAGAGAAUCAAAGUUGCGGUUAUAGUUAUGAGCAACAAGAAAACCAGUAUCAACAAAAUUUAAGUAUGUAUGACCAAACACAGCAAGAUGUACGUAAAGAAAUAGUGCAAGAUACAGGUUGUGAGCAAGUAAAUUACCAGCAACAAAAUAUUAGAUCAGUAAAGUCGAAUCCGUUUAAAAAUGAACAAGUAGAUCAACGAGCUGCGGGAGAUAGUAAUCCUUUCAGGCAAGGGAUGUAUUAAAUUUGAAUUCAAGAUAAAAUUAUAAAAUAAGUAAAUACUUUACUUAAAUGGAUGGCGAAAGUACUAGUAAUAAAAUUUCAUUUAUGACUGUGAUUGGUUGAAAUUGCAGACUAUUGUCUUCAUGGCAGGCUUCCAAAU